ACUCUUAUUGUAAUUAGGGGAAUAUGUUGCAGGCUCACAAACAUAAUACAGAAAAUGCAUCUCAUCAACUAAAAAAUAACUGUAACUGUUACAAGAUCAUAAAUAUUUACUAUACCUUAAUAAUUUCUUUUUUAUUUGUGCAUUUCACAAUUUCUUUAAUUAAUUUUUAUAUUUAAAAUUUUUCGAACAUAAGAUCAAUCUGUAACCGGUGUCGUCGCACGUCUAGGAAUUCGGCUUCGAAACGUCAAGUGUUUAUUUAUUUUAACCUCAAACUUUGUGUUUUAUGUUCCACUUUUAAAAUUGAUAAAAACCAAAAAUCAACAUCCUAUGAGCAUGAAAAAACUUCUGUAAUAACCAGAAUGUGUGAUUAAUUCCGUGUAGACAAAAAACAUGAGUGUGCAAUUAAAACUACUUGACCACAUCCAACUGAACAAUCAUGUUUAUGCAAACUUCGCCUGUGAUUAUUCAGAAGAUGGAAAAAUUUUCCUGCUAUUGGAGAAUGGAGUUUGUAUCUUGACCCUAAAAGGUGCAGUUGAGAGCAUAUUCCCAAAGUUUGCCUUUAAGAAGGAUCUUAUUACACCAUCGGAUGCAAACAUUUGUGAAAAUUUAGAUAUAGAUUUGUCCUCUUUUUUGAAUGAUUUGACUCGACAUAAUUUGUAUGAGGCGGUUCUGGAUGUUGGUUUAUCAGGAAAUACCAUUGAUGUUACAUCUACGCCCCCAAGACCCGUUCAGGCAAUGUGGUCUCCACGGGGAGUUGUAGAAAAAACAGAUGGUGCUUUGGCCAUUUUAACAAACCUCAACAAUAUUGAAGUAUUUGUGGAAGUUACUGAUGAGAACGAAAUUAGCAAUUAUAUACGUGCCGCGAAUUUUUCUAGAGAUGUUACAGAACAUUACAGGCGAAGCUGGAAAAAAGUUGAAACUCCCAAUGCAGACAAUAUUUUGAUUGAAUUGAAGCGAAGAGUUGACUUGGUUGCACCCACUGCUUUUACAUGGAGCCAUGUUAUACUUAAAGAUAGAAAAGCUUGUUGUAUUUUAUUUGUCGGUCAUAGAGAUGGUGCAAUCACAGCUUGGAGAUUCUUAGAACGCAAAGCUAGUGAAAUUUACGAGUCAAAAUUGCAAUUUUUAGAAAGAUAUAACACCAAGUUGGGUAAAAUUACAGCAUUGCAUUGGUUUUGCCGAAAAUCAGAUGCUGGUGGAUUAUCACUUGGUGAUGUUAAUGGUCACAUCGCCGCAAUUUCUGUGUCAAAACUAUCCACAGAUAAAAUUAAGUUUAGCGAUGAAGUGGUUUUUAAUUCUGAAAGUGAUUUAAAAGUGGACAAAUUAAGUAUUGUCAACUACCAGAAUAUAACGUAUAUGAUUGCAGUGAAGCAGAAUUUUUUUCAAAUUUAUGCGAUUAAUUGCUAUGGCGAGGUUUUUGGAGGAAAGUUGAUACAAGUUGGCAACUUAUACAUCACUGGUGUGCUACAUUAUGAAAAGAAUAUUUUGCUGGUUCUUAGUUUAUGUGGCCAAUUAAAACAAGUAGAAUUAUCAGUGGUCGAAAAUGAAGUAUGUGUUUCUGAAAAAGUAAUACAGCUGGAUAUAGACACCAAUAAAUACAGAACUCAUGGAUUUUUAUUUUCGCCAAAUAAAGUUUUCCUUGGUAUACUUGCAUACCCUUGCCAAAUAAAAGACAUAAGUCGAGGAAAAAAUUUCGUAAACUUUUUUGUAUUCAGCAACAAAGCUAAAGACCCCUUCCAAACUUUAAUGAAUAUUGGAGCACCUAGUAUUAGGGAUUAUUGGGACUGCUUUGAAACUUUAAGAGUAAACUGUUUGCAAGAAAAAGUAUUUCCUUGGCGAGGCAUUGAUCGUAAUUUAAAUUACGACACUUUGCCAUUAUUAAAACUAAAAAUAUUGCGAUGGAUUGCGAAAUUAUCAGAAAGAAUAUAUCCGAUGAUUUCACGAGUUGAAGAAUAUCAUAUCAAAGCCUAUGUUUUACUGAAUUAUGCUGUAGAUAUUAAAUUAGUGGUACAACGAAUGACAAAGUUGCUAAAUAUUUAUUUUUCUGAGAAAAAGCUUUCGUUGUUUCAAAUGCAAAGUUUGGACUUACUUAACUUCUUUCUGAAAGAAAUGGUUGUUAAGAAUGUACUAACAAAAGCAAACUUGGGAGAAACAUUUAUUGAUGAAAUAUUCAACGUGGUAAAGAUAGCCAAUGAAUUGCAAUACCCACCGAUGCCCCAAUGUCUUUGGUGUGGAGAAAAGAUAAUAGGUUCGUCGUGUGUACCUUUUCACGCGGACAGCAGAUGUGCCAUUUCAUUAAUGCCUCUACAUCUCACCCCUGGCUACAAGUGCCCGUUUUGUAAAUGUGUCGUAAGCAAGGAAAUUGCUAAAGAGUACUACCCAAUUUUUUGUCCCUACUGUGAUAUCCCCAUGAAACGCCGAUGUUUUGACAAAAAGCACAAAAAAAGCGCCGAUGAUGCAAUGGACACCACCAAACUUGAUGAUAUUAUUACGUCAGAUUGCAGCAGUGAUUGUCUUCAAGAAAACAUACAUUUUAGUGACAUUGAAGAGAAUACUGUAAAUUACAUUGUAUUAACUGACAGCGAAGAUGAAAAAGAAGAUUCAGUUAAGGAGCUUUAUGCAAAAAUUUUGAAACUUUCAGUUACUGCACCCGAUGAGUUCGAUCAAGUCAUUUCAGCGUCUAAUUCAGGGAAAGUGCAGUCGGAAUUAGAUCAGGGUGAGAAACCAAACGAGGGUGAAGACGUUGAAGAAGAAGAAGAGGAUGAUCACGAUACUCCAGAAGAAGAUGGUGAAUAUGAUCCUGCCGAUGAAGAUUAUGAUGGCAACGCAGAUGAGGUUUGAAGAUUUUUGAUUCCUUGAAUUAGUGUUAUGUGAAAAUAUUGACCUUCAAGGUAAUAAAUUUUAACUAUAA